AUGGCGUUGUAUGGUGCUCCGUUUCCAAGAUAUAUAACUUAUACAGAUUGGUUACAUGAUGCAUGUAAUACUGACGAUGUUUAUUACACAUAUAAUGGGCGCAUAGUAAAUAAUAUAGAAGAAAUUCCUGAAUGUGCUUUGUUGCACGUGCACUAUCGUUUGCGCGGUGGUAAAGGUGGUUUUGGAUCUAUGCUACGAGCUAUUGGGAGUCAAAUCGAGAAGACAACCAAUCAUGAAAUGUGCAGAGACUUAUCAGGUAGGAGAAUGCGUGAUGUAAACCUGGAAAAAAAAUUAAAGGAAUGGUAUGCUACGGCUGACGAACGGGAACGUAAAAAAGCAGAGGAAUAUGUUGAAAGACGACGGAAACGUCAAGAACUAUUAAAACAGGGUCUUUUACCUGAACAUAGUUUUUCAGAUCGUGAAUAUGAACGACAAAAACGUAAAAUUGCUUACGAACUACGGGGAGCCUUGGAUAUAGCCAUAGAAAAUGUUAAAAAAGAAAAGAAACAAACGGAAAUCCAACCUGUAAUUUCCUCUGAAAAGAAGCUGAAUACAAAGCGUACUCGAUUAUGGAUAGAAGAGAUGGACAAAGAGCUGUCUUCAAGUUCUAGUGAUGAAGGAAUUUCGGCUAGCUCGUCAUUUGACAUUUCCUCUAGUCUUGCAAAACAAGAUGAUAAUUUGUCCGUAAAAGAUGGUACUGAAGCCAAAACGGAUUCUACAGAAAUCCUUAACAGUAUUAAAUCAGAUGUAAUCGUCGAAGUUAAGGAAUCGCAAAGUGCUUGUGGAAAUACCUCAAAAGAAACCGCACAACCUUUGACUGACCAACAGUUGCGUGAAGUAGAUACGGCUGAAAACCUCGAAGUGUUCGGCUUAGAUGUUCUUAAAGCAUCCUUAAUGGCUCGGGGUUUAAAGUGCGGAGGGACGUUGAAAGAACGAGCUAGCCGUUUGUUUUCAAUCAAAGACUUAAGUUCCGAGCAAUAUCCUGCAAAGUUACUAGUGAAGAACAGAUAA